AUGGAACCUGAAAGAUUAAAGCAGCUGGAGCAGGCCGAAGAAGAACUGCGCCGACGGCGCGAACGCGGCAAGAUCGCACAGCGCGCAUUCCGGAAGCGCCAGAGUAACACAUCACGAGAUAAGCGUAGCGAGACCCAGAGGUUAAAAGAGGCCAUCUCAAAAAUUGUUCGGGUAGCCCGACAUGAUGAUCGCCCCGAGCUGGUCAAAGCGAUCAAGGAAGCUGCUGGAGCGACUGGGUUAGACGAAGAUAUUGUUGCCCAACUUUGCGAUGAGAGAGACAAUCAAACAAAGCGCAUUGUGAAGUCGUCACAACCAUCUCCGAACAUAGAAUCAUCGACUGGGUUAGGUAUUGAUGUACAAGGAAUACCUCCUAGUAUCGGUGCUCGGUCAGGUUGGAUCUUGAAGUCUCAGGACUCGACUCCGCUUGGAAGAGGAACUGACAUAGGAUGGAUGAGCACAAGAUUGGACUAUGGGUUAUGGUUUGACACAUCUCGAUUCAUACGGGUAGACGAACCUCCUUCGGACAUCAUUCCAUAUCUCGGAAAAGGGAUGAGCACCUUUGCCGGUCGGCUAUUCUGGGCUUGUGGCGAGCUUCUACUAGAGCAAUGCCGGAGGGCUGAGUUAUACGCACAUACGAAUCCGCGGGUAGCAAGGGAAGCUAGGGAAGUAAUCUGGAAUAUGGUUCAGCAUUCACCGCCUUUACACAAUGUACGAUAUAUUAUAGCAUUGGCGGAAGCACGUCGCGAAUUCCGCGACCGUGGUUAUAUUGAAGGAAACAAUCCCGCUGGUGAAAUCGAUUCGGCAUUCAUUCUGCAGGAACAAGUCAUGAACGACUAUAAAUCAAAGGGCCAGGAUACCACUAGGUGGUUAUCUCCGAUGGCUGUCGAGCUAGAGCUUCGUAGAUGCCUAAGCCUCGAAUCAUCUAGGCAACUCGAUCGGGUGCUACAGAUCUGGGAUUCGAACCAAGUAGAGGGCCCCCUAUUAGAUAUGAUACACUCGCUUAUCUGGAAAUUGGCGGCAAGUUAUAUUUGCUUUGGGGAUGGGCCUCGCUGGCGUGUCGACCGUGUCUUGGCCUUGUUCAGUGGAAGUGUUUAG